GUCCGCUUGACAACGAUCUCUACACUUUCUCCUUAGAUCAUGCAUUAGGACGUCCUUUUUUUGUUCAAGAUCACCGUGCAAAUUUAGCAACCCGACAUGCUCUUUUUGGACCAAGACGACUUGUAGAGGCCUCCUCCCCGGAAAUAACAACUAGAAGUGGAGAUUUUGUAGGAAAACAAAUACUACUGCUAGAGACUCGGUCUUUGAAGGCAUGUAGUAGUGGGCUUGAACC